AUGGCCAUCACCAUCAGACAGGCCACCAUCGAGGACCUCGAAGGCAUGCAGAAUGCCAACCUCACUAAUUUGCCGGAGAACUACACAAUGAAAUACUAUCUGUACCACUUGCUCUCGUGGCCCCAGGCAUCGUUUGUGGCGACGACCACCGACCCCGAACUUGAUCACCAAGAUAGACCUUCAACGCACGAGACCAAGCGCGACAUGCAGUACGUUGCUCCAGGAGAGAAGAUCGUUGGCUAUGUGCUUGGAAAAAUGGAUGAUGACCCUGAAUCGGAAGAUAAAACCCCCCACGGGCAUGUAACUUCUCUCUCGGUGAUGCGCACGUAUAGGCGCAUGGGACUCGCAGAGAAGCUCAUGAGGCAAUGUUUAUACAGUCUUUGCGAGAACUAUGAUGCAAAAUAUGUCUCUUUGCACGUUAGAAAGAGUAAUAGGGCAGCAUUGCAUCUAUACAAAGAUACUCUCAAAUUUGAGGUGUUGAGUAUUGAGAAAUCAUAUUACCAGGACAAGGAAGAUGCGUACUAUAUGAAGAAAAAUCUGGUGUUGUCGGAGCUUGUGCCGAGCUCAUUCCAGGGAGGAGUCGAGGAUAACUUGGAGGAGGACUUAUUAGAAAGUAUACUAGAAGAAGGGGUCGGAAAACUAAACUAG